GACGCCACAGCGGGCAGAGAGCGCGCGGAGACAGACGAGGGUGAGCAUCGCAAAAUGGUCCCAAGAAGAUGGAAGGUGCUGCCCGGGAGCGAGGCCCAACCCCCACCCAACAGGCAGGUUAAACCUGAGGAGGGCCUGGAGAUUGAGGUGAAGGUGGAGGAAGAGGAGGCCCAGGAGAUUGUAGUCAAGGUGGAGGAGGAGGAGAUUGAGGUGGAGGAGGAGGAGGAGGAGGAGGCCCAGGAGAUUGUAGUCAAGGUGGAGGUGGACGAGGCCCAGGCCCAGGCCGCGGAGAUUGAGGUCCAGGUGGAGGACGAGGAGGAGCAGGAGAUUGAGUUUUCUGUUCCUCCCUCCUCUCAUUUCCUCGCUAUGGCCACUUCUUGCCGCAUGCCCGAUGUGCUCGUUUUCGAUUCGGACAUUGCCCAUCGAUGGGAUGUCUUUAGACAUGACUUCGACCACUAUGUCGCAAUCGCUCAUCCUGCCGCCACCCCUGAAGUCAAAGCUUCUCUACUUCUCAACCUGGCUGGUCCCGAUGCCCUGGCUCAGUCAGACUUCUUCGUCUACGCUGCGGGUGAAUCUGCUCGGGACCCGAAUCUUCGCAAAAAUGACAAGAGGGGUGAGAGAGGACAGGCAUCAACACAUCAAGACAGCCUCCCAAAACACCCAUAUUCAACAAGACAUUACAAUAACAGAAGACCCGUCAGAACGGUGAAAAUGUCAGAAAGAGCUGCAGAUUCCCCUAUGGAUAACAGGGAGAAGCAGAAAAGGAAGCAUCUGGCAUUAUCGAUAGCACAGAAAAUAGAGUUAUUGCAGAAGCUUGAUCGUGGUGAAUCUGUGCGGCGUCUUACUAAAGAUUAUGGUGUGGGAAUUUCCACCAUAUACGACCUAAAGAAACAGAAACUUAAGUUGUUGAAGUUUUACAGUGACAGUGAUGACCAGAAACUAAAGAAAAAUAUGAAAACGCUGCAUAGGGCUAAAAACGAAGAUCUUGACCGUGUGCUGAUGCAGUGGAUUCGACAACGAAGAGGUGAGCGUAUGCCACUGACUGGUUUGAUGGUAAUGAAACAAGCCAGAAAAUACCAUGAAGAACUGAACAUUGGAGGCAAGUGUGAAUAUUCAGAAGGUUGGCUGCAGAAAUUUAAGAAGCGGCAUGGUAUAAAAUAUCUGAAAAUCUGUGGAGUAAAAGCUUCUGCUGCUUAUGAUGCAGCUGAACGUUACAUUGGUGAAUUUGCCAAGAUGGUAUCUGAUGAAAAGCUUAGUCCGGAACAAAUAUACAAUGCUGAUGAAACAGCUCUCUACUGGCGCUACGUCCCUAGAAAAACAUUAACAACGGCUGACGAAAGAGCACUAUCAGGAUUCAAGGACGCUAAGGACAGGGUGACUGUUCUUGGGUGUGUAAAUGCUGCAAGCACACACAUGUUAAAGUUGGCAGUGCUUGGAAAAAGCCAACGUCCAAGAUGUUUUAAAGGUGUAACAAAUCUACCUGUGCAUUAUUAUGCAAACAAGAAUGCAUGGGUAACCAGAGAAAUGUUUACCAAUUGGUUCAAUAACCAUUUCGUACCAGCUGCACGAGCUCAUUGUAGGAAAGCUGGACUGGUAGAAAACUGCAAAAUUGUAUUGCUCCUAGACAACUGUUCCGCACAUCCCCCUGCUGAAGUUCUUGUGAAAAAUAAUGUUUUUGGCAUUUAUCUUCCACCCAAUGCAACAACUUUAAUACAGCCUUGUGACCAAGGAAUUUUGCACUCAAUGAAGACAAUGUAUAAAGACUUUUUUCUGAACUGCAUGCUUGCUGCAGUCAACAGAGGCGUAGAUAUCGAAGACUUCCUGAAAGAGUUCACUCUUAAGGAUGCCAUUUAUGCACUUGUUAAUGCUUGGAAAGAUGUAACUAAAUCAACAUUAAAAAAUGCAUGGCACGAACUUUGGCCUACAACAAUGUUCGAUGAAAAUGAGCUGGCAGAUGAAGACUUUGAAGGAUUCCGUGUCACUGACGAGAAGAAGAUCAUAUCAAACCUCAUUGCUUAUGCCAAAAGUGUUGCAGCAGAAAAUGUAAAUACGUUAGAGUCAGCUGAUAUCGAAGAAGUGCUGAAUGUUGACAAUGACGCACCUGUUGUGCAUUCCUUGAGUGAUGGAGAAAUUGCUGAAAUGGUGUUAGAUAACAAUAAGCAUGAGGAUAGCACAGGUAGUGAUGAGGAUGAUGACAUUGUGGACACAGGUGAAAAAAUGCCCAUAGAUGAUAUGGUGAAACUGUGUGAUCAGUUAAUUGGUGGCAUGGAACAACAUACAUUUAUCAGUGCCCAUGAGAUUAUGGCAGUUUAUUCAAUCAAAGAGAGACUGCUUAGGCAGAAACCUCCGUUAAUGAGACAGAUGACACUGGAGGAAUUCUUUAAGCCCGAGAACGAUGGUCACCAUGGGAACGAUGUGAAGCACAGUGAUGAUGGUCGCCAUAACAACGUUGACGACAUUGAUGUUUCUCCAGGAUCCUCAAAAUAGUUGUUUUGUGCUUUUACUGCAUAUGCCUCAGAAGAAGAAAUGCAUAAUUGCCAAACCAAAUGUCCAGCCUGGCAAAGCUAGAGCUUACCUUGAAGUGAAUUUCUCUGUCCUGCCCGAGUCUAAGA